AUGUCUGACCACGAAGAAGUCAUCGACACCCAGGAAGUGGAAGUGGUUGCUGAAGCCACCAAGGGCCAAAUGUCCGUUGAGGAUGCCCUUCAAGAAGUUUUGCGUCGUGCUUUGGUUCACGAUGGUCUUGCUCGUGGUUUGAAGGAAGCCGUCAAGGCUUUGGACAGACGUCAGGCUCACUUGGCCGUUCUUUGCGAAUCCUGCACUGAAGGCGAAUACGUCAAGUUGAUUGAAGCUCUCUGCGCCGAACACAACAUCAACCUCAUCAAGGUUUCCGAUGCCAAGAAGCUCGGUGAAUGGGCCGGUCUCUGCAAGAUCGAUCGCGACGGUAACGCCCGCAAGGUCGUCGGCUGCUCCUGCGUCGCCGUUACUGACUUUGGUGAGGAAUCCGAAGCCAUGAACGUUCUCUUGGAUUACUUCAAGACUCGUUAA